AUGACACCAACACCAAUUCACCCACAGAUGAAACCUGAGAUGCAGACGCAGGAACCAACGCACCCACAGAUUAAACAAGAGCACCCACAGAUGACAACAGAGAAGCCACAGAAGAAACCAGAAAAACAUCCAGAGCAGCCAAAGCACCCACAGAUGAAACCAGAGGUUGUGACAGAAAAACCAAAAAAUGAAAGCUAUUUCCCUGAAUGGUUCUACAAGAUAUUCCAGAUAGAUGAACCAAUCCUUCCUCUCUGGAUAAUCAGCCCAAUAUUUUACGUACAACAGAUCUACAUAAAAGCAUUUUAUUACGUGUAUCGUGUAAUAAUAAAGUCUUCAAAGAUUUUGGUCAGAAAUUUUAUUAAAUUGUCAUUUUCAUCUCGACUUACUUUUUAUUUGAGAAUUGUCACUACUAAUUGCGGCAAACUACUGAAUCGAAGGCGACUGGAGAUGCUCUAUGGAUGCGGUGAUCACGACUAUAUGAAUAUUAUUGUAUUUAUUUUGCUUUGUUCAAGAUGCUUAAAUAAAUCUGAUGCAUAA